ACCAAGCAGAGAUGCGAGCAUAUCAACAGAGAGGGAGAAGGAAGGUGAGAGGCGAACAUAAAGAAAAAAUACAGAGGCCGGCGGUAGAGGCGACUGCCGCCACCACCGGCAAAAUUAGGGUUUCGAAGCUUUGGUCUCAGAAAAGGGGAUGAGAGAAAACUUUUCUAAGAGAGAGGAAAAUUCGCCUUACCCCUAUUUUCCAACGUACCCUAUAGCUUUAAGCCUUUGCACAACUUUAUUAUUGCAAAAAAUGUUAAUGUGAUGUUAUUUUACUAUGCUGUUAUCUUUUUUGGCCGACGUGAUGUAAAAAUGGCCGGGAUUUGUAAUUGAAUCGACUAAGUCACUAAGGUGUUAUGGUUUUCUGACCAGUCAGGCCAGCCAGGCCACAUGCGGUACCAUUACACAUAUAGUUCAUGACGAAGAUUAAUAGUACCUACAUCAACAAACUGGAAACACAUUUUCCCAUAUAAAUAAGAAAAGUUCACAGCGUAAAUAGUGAAUAUUCAUUUUAGCAUUGCAUUCACAUUAAGUUUGUCGUAGAUUUGUGGAGAACUUUUUACUAAGCAACAUGUCCAUCGAACCAGUCGGAAACUCAUGUAUAAAUCUAAACACAGUGAACAGCGUAAUUGACUCCCACCCCUAAAUAAAAGCACUGAAAAGCUUUUUUUUUUUUUUGGUAAAAAUGUUAAAUUUUUUAAUAAUAAUUAAAUUUAAUUAAAAGCUUUAUUACCAGAGUCGUAAAAAAGUGCGUGGGACGCAACUGAAAAAUUCUAAACGUUACGUAAGAGAGUGUCAAAAUUUACUUAAUUGUUCUCCCGACUGUCGAGUGUGUUCUGUGACCCCUUUUCUUGGAAAGACAUUAAAAAUCACGCGUUGUGCUUUGUUUUCUGCGUUUUAUUCACAAGAAAAUAUUAGUCUACAUGAACUCUAUGUCAAAAUAUUGCAUUUGAGAUAUUUUGACAAUUCUUUUACAAUUUUGAGAUACGCACCAUAAUAUUUCAUAUUUUAUUACAGAACUUGUUAGAACUCUUAGAACAUAAUUAACGCUGCACGAGUUCUUAUUUGAUUUUUUUGGGUCUGAUAAAAAGAAAAAAUUAAAAGACGAACCAAUUGCGGGCUGCCACAUAUCAGUGGAGUCCGCAAACAGUACAAAAACCAAGUUAAACUCGGUCUUUAUAGAAGACAUGGAAGACACGGUUUUUAUAAAAACAGUGGGAUCCACUCUUUAAUAACCAAGUUAAGAGCAUCUCCAACCCACCUCUAUUUCUACCUCUAUAAUAGCAUUUAGAGGCAAAAUCACUCCAACCCAUCUUUAUUUUUGUCUCUAAAAUAGAGAUUGCUAUUUUCUCCUCUAUUUAUAGAGGAAGAAAUAGCAUUCCUUUAUAUUUUGCUCUAUAUAUAGAGAUCUAUAUUUUAGAGAAAUACAUUGGAGUAAAACCCACCUCUAUUAUAGAAUUCCUCUAUUUUAAAGGUAAAAAUACAGAAAUACAUUGGAGAUGGUCUAAGAGCCACCGUUAAUUAUGCUCUUAGUGACGAUGCUCUAGCAUAGUAAAAUGCUACAAUAGAGCUGGAGUUUCUUGUUUUUUUCUUUUUUGCUGAGAAGGGUUUACUAAGCUUCUUGGUUCUUUGUCCAAUAUACAUAUUAAUAAAAUGAGGAUCUUAAUUAUUAGUAACAUUGUGAAGUUGUAUAAAAUGAAAAUCUGUAAGGAGCAAAAUGAUCGACUGGGUGGCACUUAGCAGCUAGCCUUCCACAUCAUGCUGACAAUUUCAACUUUCUUUUAACCUUGUACAAACAAUGGUUUAUCUAUGAUAUAUACAACUUAUUAAAAUGCUCAUUAAAUUAUAUACACGUAGUGUAGGUUUUGAAUCUUAUGAUUUAAGGGAAUCGAUUUACAGAUAUAAUUAAUAAUUCUUGAUGUAUAAUGCUCUGUUUAAAGCUAUAAUUAAUCUUACUUUUCAUUUACAUGAUAAAAAUUGUUUUAGUUCGUUGAUUAAGCCAACUACAUAUGCUUAUUUUGUAUAAACAUUUUAUGCAACAUAUAUGUGAUUAUUAGAAAAAGAUGUGUUUAUUAGAUUAAAGAAAAAAGAGGGUAAAAAGGUAAAUUUGUUUUCUUCGUUUCUUCUUUUCCAGCUUUCUUUUUUUCAAAUACUCUUUCCUAAAAUGGGGGUUGGGUACACACGACAAAAUGGCCUUUAUAUUACAGCUUCUCUGAGCUAAAGUCACAGAAAAUAUACAGACUCGACAAAAGAGUGAGAAAGAGAGAAAACUAGAAAAGAGAGAUAAAUAGUCAUAGAGAAAAUACCCUGAUCUAUUUUACUACCUUAUGGGUUCGGAAGUCGUAUCCGCCGUGGAAAACAUGCAGCAACCUUUACUUGAGCCAUCAAAAUCGGAUCUCGACUUCAGGAUGGAGAGUGUGUUAACAGACCCUCACUUGCCUUAUUACCGGCGAGUUUACUUGGCGGCGUUGAUAGAGAUCAAGUUUCUAUUCCACCUUGCAGCUCCGGCUAUCUUCGUCUACGUGAUCAACAAUGGCAUGUCCAUGCUCACUCGUAUCUUCGCUGGUCGAAUGGGAAGUAUGCAACUCGCCGCAGCUUCUCUAGGAAACAGCGGUUUCAACAUGUUCACCUUUGGUCUCAUGCUUGGAAUGGGAAGUGCAGUGGAGACACUAUGUGGGCAAGCCCACGGGGCUCAGAGAUACGACAUGCUCGGCGUCUACUUACAAAGAUCCACCGUGGUUUUACUCCUCACCGGACUUCCAGUGACAUUACUCUUCAUCUUCUCUACACCUCUCCUUACUUUACUCGGCGAGCCAGCUGACGUGGCAUCAACGGCUUCCAUCUUUAUCUACGGUAUGAUCCCUAUGAUCUUCGCUUACGCCGUUAACUUCCCUAUACAAAAGUUCCUCCAGUCACAGAGCAUCGUUACGCCUAGCGCUUACAUCUCAGCAGCCACCCUCGUCCUCCACCUGCUCCUCUCAUGGCUCGCUGUCUUCAAGCUUGGAUGGGGUUUACUUGGUCUCUCCGCGAUCCACAGUCUCUCAUGGUGGAUCAUUGUCAUUGCUCAGAUCAUGUAUAUCAAGAUGAGCCCUAGGUGUCGCCCGACUUGGGCAGGGUUUAGCUGGAAAGCUUUCGACGGUCUAUGGGACUUUUUCCGGUUAUCUGCGGCUUCGGCGGUCAUGCUCUGCCUUGAGGCUUGGUAUGCUCAGAUUCUUGUUCUCCUUGCCGGACUUCUCAAAAACCCUGAACUUGCUUUGGAUGCCCUAGCUAUAUGCAUGGCAAUUUCUGCAAUCUCGUUCAUGGUCUCCGUUGGAUUCAACGCAGCUGCAAGUGUGAGAGUUAGUAACGAAUUGGGCGCUGGACAUCCCAGAUCAGCGGCAUUUUCAACUGUAGUAACUACAGGAGUAUCGUUUAUACUGGCAUUGUUUGAAGCUGUAGUGAUCCUCUCGUGGCGGCAAGUCAUCAGCUACGUUUUUACAGACAGUCCAGCGGUUGCCGAAGCCGUAGCCGAACUCUCUCCUUAUUUGGCCAUUACCAUAGUUCUUAACGGAAUUCAACCAGUUUUAUCCGGUGUGGCCGUUGGAUGUGGGUGGCAAGCAUUUGUGGCAUACGUGAACAUAGGAUGUUAUUACAUUGUGGGGAUUCCAAUUGGUUAUGUUCUUGGUUUCACCUAUGAUAUGGGAGCUAAGGGAAUAUGGACAGGAAUGAUUGGGGGCACACUCAUGCAGACUAUUAUCUUGCUUAUCGUCACUAUCCGAACUGAUUGGGAUAAAGAGGUGGAGACGGCUUCGAGACGAUUAGACCAGUGGGAAGACUCUCAAGCGCCGCUUCUUAAGCAGUAAACAAAUUUAUUUUUCAUUUUCAAAAAGAAUAUUAUGGGGAGACUUGGAGGUCAAUUUUAUUUUAUUUCUUCUUGUUCCGAUCGGUUUGUUAAUGAAUGGGAAAACUGAUAAUUUUCUGAGGGGGUUAGAGUAAAGAGAUCAUGUACAUUUUAGAAAGAAGACGACGUAAUAUUGAGAAGUGAGAAUGAAAUGUUGAAGAAAAAUUGAUGUCUUGUGUGGAAGAGUGUAGUAAACCCUUUGUAUGAAAUAAAUCAAGUAAUGAUGCAAUAAGUUACCGUUUCACACUUGAAUCAUAUAGUCAAUCUUAAUUCAAUUUAAAGUUUAAUAAACGAUGUAAUAUUAAACUUCAGCGAGCGAUGUAAUAGUUGAUA